ACCUGCACAUCGAGAGCAACACUAUUCCUCCCCACCUUUUUCCCCUAUAAUUUAGCCCAUCUAUUCUAUUAAAUUUACUCGUCUGAGCAGAUAAACAAAUGGCCGGAGCACUUGAGAACGCCGCGAGGGACCUUAGACACCUCGAUGAGGACGCCAAUGAGUCGGAUUUCGGCUACGUCUUUUCGGUCUCUGGACCCGUUGUCAUCGCUGAGCACAUGACUGGAUCAGCUAUGUACGAACUGGUGCGUGUCGGCCACGAGGCCUUGGUCGGUGAGGUCAUUCGUAUCGAGGGCGACAAGGCCACCAUUCAGGUCUACGAGGAGACUGCCGGCCUGACGGUCGGCGAUCCGGUGCUAAAGUCGGGCAAGCCACUGUCGGUCGAGCUCGGACCAGGUCUCAGCUCCAACAUUUUCGAUGGAAUCCAGCGCCCGCUGAAGGCGAUCCAGGAGGUGUCGCAGAGUAUCUACAUCCCGCGUGGCAUUGACACGCCGGCACUGGACAAGAAGCUCGAGUGGGAGUUCAAGCCCGGCAGCCUCAAGCCCGGCGACCACAUUGCCGGCGGCGACAUGUUCGGCUCCGUGUAUGAGAACUCGCUGCUGCGCAAGCACAGCAUCAUGCUGCCGCCCAACGCGCGUGGUACCAUCACCUACAUUGCCCCGGCGGGCAAGUACACUGUGGCCGACGUUGUGCUCGAGACCGAGUUCGAGGGUGUUACCACCAAGCACACCAUGAUGCAGGUGUGGCCUGUACGUAUGCCCCGCCCUGUCACAGAGAAGAUGGCUGCCGACCACCCGCUACUCACUGGCCAGCGCGUGCUCGAUGCGCUGUUCCCGUGCAUCCAGGGAGGUACCACUGCUAUUCCAGGUGCAUUCGGGUGCGGUAAGACUGUCAUUUCGCAGUCCCUGUCCAAAUAUUCCAACUCAGACUUCAUUGUCUACGUGGGGUGCUUCGCCAAGGGAACCGAGGUCAUGAUGGCCGACGGUACGGACAAGAACAUCGAGGAUAUCGUUAUUGAUGACGAUGUCAUGGGCAAGGAUGGCCUUCCCCGCAAGGUUGUCGCCCUCCCCCGUGGGUAUGAGACCAUGUACAAGGUUGAGCUUGCAGGUACUUCUUUCACCUGUAACGCGACUCAUCUUCUUGUUGUGAAGACUCCUCAGCAUGUUGGUAUUACCAACCACGUGCUCCGCAACAAGCAGCAGACGUCAGUCACCUAUUUCCAGCUGAAGACUGUCCAUGUCUUUGACGAGACCACUGGUUCCAUGCGUAAUGUGGAGCUAGUCGAGCAGUCGACGAAGUCGUUCCAGCACGACGUGCAUGGCGGUGCCGAGCGUGCUAACCAGUUGGCAGCUGAUUUUGCCUCGACUAUCAGCACGUCUGACAUCAACUGGACAAUUGAAGCACGUGAUGUUGAGCUUCUUCACGUCCAUGCUCGCAAGGCUACUCAGCAGAUGAUUAGCCCUGUGCUGUUCGAGGACCCGGUUCUGGAGAGACACCUCUUCAACGCUGGUGCCGAAAUCGAGGCAACGCCCACUGUUGCUUAUCUGCUCGGUCUGUGGGUUGGUGACGGUUACCAUGAUCGCAUCUCUUUCUCCAUCGACCCCAAGGAUGAAGAGCUCAUCGGUCGUAUUCGUGACUAUGGAAAUGUCCUCGACAUGGAUGUUACGUCUGUAGAGUAUCACCACCAUAUAGUGCCGGAACAUGCAAACAGCAAUAAGCAUGUCUAUCAGCGCGGCGACUCGACGGUCUCUCUUCGUAACAGGUCUGUCCGUGGCAAUGGGGUUCGCAGGAACUUAAACACUGGAAACAUUGUCUGGUCCAUUAUCAAGGACAUUGGUGUUCGCGGUGAUGAUGGUUCUAAGGUUGUUCCUUCGUUCCUAGCCCGUGAAUCCAUCCUCGUGCGCGAGCACUUUUUGGCUGGUCUCAUUGACUCUGACGGUUAUGUUGUGAAGGAUACUCGUCCUCACGCCACUGUGAAGACGAUUUAUCCAUCUGUUCGUGACGGUCUCGUUAAGCUUGUUCGCUCGUUGGGUAUCCACGCGUCAGUCUCCUGUGAGCCUGAGCACGUUACGAAGGGUGUCCAUCACAAGACAUCGUACGCUGUGUACAUCUCAGGCGGUAACGAAGGUGCCUUGGCCUCAGUUCUGAGCAAGUGCUCUCUUUCUCGCAAAAGAACGCCCGCCCCAACCUUUGCAGUCGAGCGCAAAGUUCAGCCUACUUACUUCAAGAUCACGAAGACCGACGCUGACGACUACUUUGGUGUCACCCUGGCCGAUGGAUCGGACCACCAGUUCCUUCUGUCCAACAUGGCAUUGGUGCACAACUGUGGUGAAAGAGGCAACGAAAUGGCUGAGGUCCUGAUGGACUUCCCACAGCUUACUACCGAAAUCGACGGUCGCCAUGAGCCGAUCAUGCAGCGCACGACGCUGAUCGCCAACACCUCCAACAUGCCAGUCGCGGCACGUGAGGCAUCCAUCUACACUGGUAUCACUGUGUCCGAGUACUUCCGUGACCAGGGCAAGCAUGUGGCCAUGAUUGCUGACUCGACAUCGCGCUGGGCUGAGGCGCUGCGUGAGCUUUCAGGUCGCCUAGCCGAGAUGCCUGCCGAUUCGGGAUACCCUGCCUACCUGGGUGCCCGCCUGGCCUCGUUCUACGAGCGUGCAGGUAAGGUCAAGUGCCUGGGUGGACCCGAGCGCUUUGGUAGUGUGUCGGUGGUCGGUGCUGUGUCGCCUCCGGGUGGUGACUUCUCCGACCCUGUUACUUCGGCCACGCUGGGUAUCGUGCAGGUAUUCUGGGGUCUGGACAAGAAGCUCGCCCAGCGCAAGCACUUCCCGUCAGUCAAUUGGUCGCUCAGCUACUCCAAGUACUUGAACGCCCUGGAGCCGUACUACGAGCGCUCUGACCCCGAGUUCAUCAGCCUGCGCACCAAGUGCAAGGAGAUCCUGCAGGCUGAGGAGGACCUGGCGGAGAUUGUGCAGCUGGUCGGUAAGUCGGCGCUGGCCGAAACCGACAAGAUCACACUCGAGGUCGCGCGCAUCAUCAAGGACGAUUUCCUGCAGCAGAAUGGCUACUCCAACUAUGACCGGUACUGCCCGUUCUUCAAGACCACAUGGAUGCUGCGCAACAUGAUCGGUUUUUACAAGCUGGCUACGCACACUGUCGAGGCCACGUCAAACCAGGUCACCUGGGCCAAGAUUCGCGACAACAUGGGCGACAUCAUCUACCGCCUGAGCUCGAUGAAGUUCGAGGACCCGGCCGAUGGCGAGGAUAUUCUGGCCGAGCGGUACACGCAGCUGCAGAAGGAUAUGGAGGAGCAGUUCCGCGCUCUCGCUGACUAG